AUGUCGGAACAUGCACACAAGAACAAGGAGCAGCUAAUAUCUCCCCUACUCGAGCACGAUUGCUCAGAAUGGAAGACAAGUAGCCAGCACAUGGAAGACUUAUACUUUUCAGGGGCUAAGCUCUGGCGGAAAAGUGACCUUAUAGAUAUUGAGCAACAGCUAUCCCAAUUUCGCACCAUCAAGAAGUUUACUAUCCGGUGUGUUGAUGGUAGCGUAAUCCAGAUCAAAAACCCUAUGUUCAAAGUACAACGACCGAUUUGGUUUCCAACUGUUAAAUUCCAGGAGUAUUGGAGACUCGUAAGGGCCAAACCCGAGGGUCCUCCCGAAACGUACCGUUGCUCAUAUCUUGUCGGUUGGGAAAAUCGGUUAGAGAGAGAUAGUAGGGGGCUAAUAGAGAACUCGAGACAUUUCCUCAUAAAAAAGAUGCAUGAUUGGCAUAUGAGCACGACGCGCAACUCUUUCUGGUCGUUGAUUCAAAAGCUCUUAUGUGGGCACAAAGUAACCAAGAUCAUUUGCUUUGGUCUUGGCGAUAUAAGCCUUAGAGCGCCUGAAUGGUGGAGAGAACAGCGUGGUCCGAACUGGCAGCAGAUAGAGGCUACUGUUAUGGAAGGCAGAAUAGCGCAAUAUUCGGCUGUCUUGACCAUAGCAGCCGAGAUCACUUCCAGCACAAGGGGCAGGGUACGCAUACUAACCCAAGACCCUGAUUACGCUGAAGAAACGAAGAAAAAUUUGGGGGAACUUGGGUUCGAAGUGGUAGGGCAAUUUGGCGCCGGAGGCUUCGCAGAAGUCGAUGACGAUACCAUAGUAUUUACGGCCUUCGCCUCUGCGCCCAUCAAGCAGAUUAUCGCCGACAUUGCACGGCCCGCUUUGAUUGUUGCCGUAGGAGAGGCCAAGACCUUCAAUGUUAAGGACCAACCGUAUGAAGAUGCAGAGUCUCCCCGUACGAAACAAAUGUGGCAAGACUACGAAUCCUGGGACUUUCCAGUGGAGCCCGCCGAAGCACAGUCUAUGGCGGAAAUGGACAGACUGAAGGUAUAUGUCAGAAAAAAAGACUGUCACCGCACCCAAUAUUGA